AUGGGGGAACCCAUCAUUGCCAUCGCAAUGAACUACCGUCUCAACAUGUACGGCUUCCUGCAAACUCCACAGCUACUCGCCGAAGGCUCUAGCAACGCCGGUCUUCUGGACCAGCGGUUAGCUCUCAGAUGGAUCCAAGAGAACGUCGCCGCGUUCGGUGGGGACAAGGACCGGGUCACAAUCUGGGGAGAGAGUGCCGGGGCCCAGUCUAUUGCCUAUCACCUCUUCAGCUAUGACGGCCGUGACGACGGCCUCUACCGCGCCGCAAUUCUCGAAAGCGGCGGGCCGACCGGAGCACAGGUCCAAGACCUUGCUUAUUACACCGUACCCGUGGAGAAUCUCACCCGCACAACCGGCUGCUGGACCGCCAAAGACCAGCUCGCCUGCCUCCGGGGCCUCAGUCAGGCGGACCUCUUUGCUGCGAAGCCGAGCCAAGUCUGGAACCCUCUCGUCGACGGAAACUUCCUGACGGGAUAUCCGAGCCAGCUCAUCCGCGAGGGCAAGUUCGUCAAGGUCCCACUCCUGACGGGCGCCAAUAGUGAUGAGGGCAUCAACUUCAACCCGAACAGCCCGAAACCCGACAACGAGCAGAACCUCCUCAACGGAUUCAUGUUCUGGCGGUCCUACGCGCUCUCGCCGCCGACGAUCCGCAAGUUCUUCGACCUCUACCCGAACGACCCGUGCACGCAGCCGCCGCACUCCAUCACCAACUGUUCGGUCUUCCCCUCCAAGGGUCUGCAAUGGCGACGGGGCGCGUCGAUCGGUGGGGACCUGGUCAUGAUCUCGGGCCGCAGGAAGAUGUGCGAGCUGUAUGCGGGCCCCGAGGUGGGACAGACGGUGUACAGCUACAGAUUUGACCAGCGGCUGUGGAACAGAACGGAAAUUGAGGGAGUGCAACAUUUCGAUAACGUGGCCUUCAGCUUCCAGAACAUCACUGGGUUGCUGGGACCUUCGCCCGAGUUUGAUAGCCACGUGGAGUUGGCUCGGGGCAUCGGGCAGGCCUACGUUCGGUUCGUCAAUAACUUGGAUCCCAACCCGAAGGCCGGGAACGUCACGAAGAGGGACGGUCUGCUGCCGACAUGGCCAAAGUAUGAUCUCAGCGCACCAAAGAACAUGGUUCUGAAUGCGAGCAACAGUUUCGUGGAGGACGAUACGUGGAGAAAGGAAGGCAUUGCGUACAUCAACUCAUAUGAGGUUGCGAGAGAGCUGCUUGCAUGA